AUGUCGCUUGCUAUCCUCAACAUUCCCACCUCUCAAGACGACCAAUUGCUCAACAACGAACACAACUCAUCGCUCAGUGCCAUCCAACAACGUCGUCGACACAUCAUCAAAAAGAAAGUGAUCGCCAUUGGACGCUUGUCUCGUCAAUUAUCUGUGCUCCGUGAGAAUCCUGAACUUGUCAAUGAAAUCAAGCAAAUGAAUGGCAGCAAACUUCCACUCGGCACUCUCGCUCAAGGUGAAGAAGGUCUUCGUCAAGUGCUCGCAUCCUUGAAGUGCAACGGUGCAACACAAUAG